AUGGUUCACGGAAGACACGGACAUGAUGAUUUCGAGGGAAAUCAAUUCCUCGGUAAAGAGUUGAAAUACUUCUCUCAAGCUGGUUUCGAUCUGGAUAGAAUUCACAUCAAGCGAAACGCUCCCAUCGCUUCUCUUUACGAAGAUGCCAUCCUCAACGAAGGUGCCGUUAUCUCAUCAAGUGGUGCUUUGAUCAACUUCUCUGGAAAGAAGACUGGUAGAUCCCCCAAGGACAAGCGAAUCGUGUACGAGGAGACUAGUAAAGACGAUGUAUGGUGGGGUCCUGUAAAUAUCAAGAUGGACGAACACACCUUCGAAAUCAACCGAGAACGAGCUAUCGAUUACCUCAACACACGAGAGAACGUAUACGUAUUUGAUGGAUUUGCCGGAUGGGAUCCCAAAUACCGAAUCAAAGUGCGAGUCAUCGCUUCUCGAGCUUACCACGCCUUGUUCAUGCACAACAUGUUGAUCCGACCUACUCCUGAAGAAUUAGAAAACUUUGGUGAACCGGAUUUCAUAAUUUAUAAUGCUGGUCAAUUCCCUGCCAAUCGAUUCACCACUGGUAUGACUUCCACCACCUCUGUCGAAGUCAACUUCAAGAGAAUGGAAAUGGUCAUCCUCGGUACUGAAUACGCCGGUGAGAUGAAGAAAGGUAUUUUCUCAGUUAUGCAUUACCUCCAACCUGUCAAAUUCGGUCAAUUGUCUCUCCAUUCCUCAGCAAACCAGGCUAAAGGCGAUAACGGCGAUGUCACCCUUUUCUUCGGUCUGUCCGGUACUGGUAAAACCACCCUCUCAGCCGACCCCAACCGUCUUUUGAUCGGUGAUGACGAACACGUCUGGUCUGAUACUGGUGUCUUCAACAUCGAAGGUGGUUGUUACGCCAAGACCAUCAACCUUUCUGCUGAAAAGGAACCCGAGAUCUUCAACGCCAUCAAAUUCGGUUCCAUCCUUGAAAACGUAGUCUACAACCCUGCCGACCGAAAGCCAGAUUACGAUGAUGUCUCCAUCACCGAGAACACUCGAUGUGCCUACCCUAUCGAAUACAUCCCUAACGCCAAGAUUCCAUGUAUCGCCGAGAGACAACCCUCCAACAUCAUCAUGUUGACAUGUGACGCUUUCGGUGUAUUACCUCCCGUAUCUCGAUUGACUCCUGAACAAGCUCAAUACCACUUCGUUGCUGGAUACACCUCCAAGACACCUGGUACGGAGGAUGGUAUUGUCGAACCUUCACCAACCUUCUCAACAUGUUACGGACAACCAUUCAUCAUCUUACACCCUGGACGAUACGCCAGGAUGUUGGCUGAGCGAAUGGAGAAGAAUAAGGUGGACUGUUGGUUGAUCAACACCGGUUGGACAGGUGGUAAAUUCGGUACCGGAAAGAGAUGCCCAUUGAAGUACACUCGAGCUAUAGUCGAUGCUAUCCACAAUGGAACACUCGCCAAAGCCGAAUUUGAAAACUUCCCUGUAUUCAACCUUUCCAUCCCCAAGACUGUCGAGGGUGUCCCCAGCGAGAUUCUCGACCCAGCGAAAGUAUGGCCAUCUAAAGAUGCCUUCAACGCUGAGAUCCAGAAAUUAGGUGGAAUGUUCCAAAAGGCUUUCGCCAAAUACGAGGAUGCCAUCACAGCAGAUGUUAAAGCUGCUGGUCCAAUCCUUUAA